AUGGCGUCCUCGUCCCUCCUCGCCCGCGCAGCCCCGCGCGCCUCCCUCCUCGCACCCACACCCCGCGCCUCAUCAUUCUCGACCUCCGCCCGCGUCCUAAAAGACAACAUCGGCAAACUGCCCAUCCCGCUCCCGCCGAACGUCUCCGUCAACGCCCUGCCCACACUCUUGACAGUGACCGGUCCGCUGGGCAGCGCGACCGUCCCGCUCGAGCCGUACAUCCGCAUAACCCAGCCGUCAAAUACCGAGCUCCUCGUGGCCGUCGACGACCGCGACAUCAAGCGCCAGCGCGCAAUGUGGGGCACCACGCGCUCGCUCAUCGCCAACGCCGUCACGGGCACCACGACCGGCUUCCAAGUCCCGUUGUUCCUCGUCGGCGUGGGGUACCGCGCGGCGCUGGAGGCGGAUCCGAGGAAAGAGGGCGGGCAGCGGUUGAGGAUGAAUUUGGGGUACAGCCAUGUCGUUUAUGUGCCCGUGCCGGACGGGAUUAAGGCUGAGGUGCCGCACGCUACGAAGAUUGCUUUGAGCGCUACGGAUAAGCAUCAGCUUGGGCUGUUUGCGGCGGAGGUUAGGGCGUGGAGGAAGCCGGAGCCGUAUAAGGGCAAGGGCAUUUUCAUUGGGAACGAGACGAUCAGGAUAAAGGCUGUCAAGAAGAAGUAG